AUGGAUGAGCAAUAAUAAUAUAUUCAAUAAUAACUGGUAAAUAUAUUAAAAAAGCCUACAGAAAAAAGAACUUAAAAAGACUUACACAUAUUAAUAAAUGAGACUAAAAACAUAGGCUUUUUUUAUUAAUAUAUUUAAUCUGGAGAUAAUGAUAUUCAUUAUAAAUGUUGCAAGAAUAUGAAAUACUAAUAUUUAAAUUAAGAUUAAAUAGUUUUUCAAAUUGAUUCAAUUGGUUCAACAUUUUAUAUAAUUUUAUAAGGAACUGUAGGAGUUCAUAUAAGAUUACCUAAUUAAACUGAUUUAAGACGAGUAAAAGCAUUAGAAACUGGAAGUAGUUUUGGAGAAUUAGCAUUAUUAAAUAAUAAACCAAGAUUAGCAACUAUUAUAUGUGAAAGUGAAUGUCAUUUUGCUACUUUAGAAAAGAAAUAAUUUUUAUAAAUUUUGAAAGAAAAAGAAGAAGAACGAAUUAAUAAUGAAAUGGGUAUAUUUGCUAAAAUGCCAUUUUUAAAAACAUGGAAUGCUAAUUUGAUAAGGAAUUUAUAUUUAAAUUCUCAAAAACAAUAAUAUAUUAAAGGAGAUAAGCUUUUUAAAGAAGGAAAUGAACCUUAAGAAGUUUUUAUUAUUUUAUAAGGAGAUUUCGCAGUUUUAUAAAUAAGAUGA